CUUCAAGAAGCUUUAUCGUUACAAGUACAAGUUUUUUCAACAUACCCAAACGGAACCAUCCGAUUUUUACCAAAGUGUAGUGAUAACACCAAACAAUGCCGCUCGAUUUGUUGGAUUGGAUGUGUUCACCGAAGGUUACAAGUUCUCCUGGAGGACUUUUUGUAUGAUCGUUUCAAUUUUGGUUUACAUUUACUGUUGUGUUUUUACGGCAUACGAGGUUCGCUGCAGUGUUAAGGAGUUAAUUUUCUGCCUCGUGACGAGCGGAUUGGCUCCACAUAAAACUGUACAUGUUUGGACUUUUUUGAUGUUUCGAAAGGAGCUUUACUGGUUUCAUCAAUACACCAAGGAUUUGUACCGCGAGGAGUGUAAAGAUCGUACCAAGUCCAUGUUGAUGAAAAAUGUUUCCUUGCUAAGUGUGACUACUAAGUUAAUGUUGGUGGCUUAUACGUGCAUUUCUUCUGCCAUGGAUAUUGUUCCGAUCAUUUCUUCAGCUGCUUCUGGAGAGAAGACUCUCCCCUUUGGAUUUUACAUUCCGUUUUUGGAUCAUACAUCUUCGCCGGGAUUUACAUGUAACUUUAUUAUACACGUAACUCUUACAGUGUAUGUGCUUUGCUCGGGAUAUGGAGCAGAUUGUAUCUAUUUGAUUGCCAUGGCUAGCUCAUUCACUCAGAUUGAUGUACUCAUGUCGGCUUUGAGAGAAUUGACCACGGAAAUCGAGGCAAAGAAGUCAGAUGUUGGCGAAUGUUUGAAUCAAAUUAUUGUUCGCCAUCAGGAACAUUUGAAGUACUUGGGAACACUCGAGUCUGUAUUUCGCAUCUAUUUCCUGGUAAACUUUGUAAGUUUGGCACUGACUCUCAUUUUGUCAUGGUAUGCAGCAAUUGUCCUCUCCUGGUACCAAGGCUAUGGCUUCAUUCUGUUUAUCAGCUAUGGACUGUUUUUCGGAUGUUUUCUGGGAACACUGCUGGCAAUGAAGAGUGAACAGCUAGAGCGGGCAAUUUACGACGUUCCCUGGUACAAGAUGUCACUGGCAAACCAAAAGUCGAUGAAGUUCCUGCUGAACUCUGCCCAACAGCCCGUCAGUAUGACGUUCAUCUUUUACAAACUGGACGUGCCCACAUUUUUGCAGAUGUACAAAAUGAUCUACAGUACCUUCACCAUGCUGCUAACGGUGCGGGAUGAGUAGAAAGACACAACAAGUUGAGUCGACCAUGAGGGUUUCAAAUCUGAACUUUACACUUAAUGAAAUCCUUAAAAGUGAAAAACACUAAAAAGAAAAUCAUCAAAAGCAAAACUUUGAGUAAAUGUAGGUUAGUCAGUUUUCUAUAAAUUGACAUAAAAACAAGAAAUUGUUGAAUUGAACACAGAAUACAAUUGAUAAUAUGAAGUAUGAGGAUUCAAAAAAUGAGAUUAUAGUAGGCCAUACAAAUUUCUAAAACUUAUAGUUCGUUUUAGAGUUGUCAGAUUUAAAAUGAAAUACAUAGAUACAAAGCAUACACAAUAAACUGGACUCACUAACUGGACCU